CGGACGUCUCUCUCUCUCCGUCCGGGGCUCCCGCGCUCGGACCCGCCGGUGUUCGCCGCCGUUCACCUCUUCGGCAUACCCCACACCCUUUGUUGCGGAGAAGAGACAAUGGACAUGGCGGAAGUACCGGACAACGUGGACCUCAUGACCCUGAGGCUCCAGAAGCAAGACCUGGAGCACCGUGCAUCGAACGAGAUCUACCGCACCAAGGUUGCCCGGAUGUUCAGGAAGACCAACUACAUCUCCAAAGUGGACUUUGUGAGCGGCAAGACAAAGUCACCGUCGGAGCAGCGGGCGUCCUUGGCCGAGGUGGUGAUGGCCGUCCAGAUCUACAAGCCCAUCAAAAUGCCCGCAGGGCCACGCAAAGUGCGCAUGGGUGGAUGCCUCUCGUACAAGGUUCAGGCGGAGGUGGCGGUUCUCGGUGAACAGACGCUGCAGAGCCUGCGCGAGAAGAUCAGCUGCGUGUCGGACGUCCUCUCGCCGGGAGACUUCAGCGAGAACCCGGGCAGGCCCCAGACACCGAAGGCCAUGGAUUUGUACAAGUCUGGAUUCUUUUUCAUCGGUAAUACUUUCUACAACGACAUGUCAAGCUCAUCUUGCAAGGACUACAGCCAGGUGAUCCGGGACUGGGCCCAGAACAGCCGUCGCGAGGUGGGUCCGUUCGAGGCGCGGCGCAUGGACACGACGCGCUUCGUGGACCUCGAGCUGCGCCUGGGCUACCCCUACGUGUACCUGCACCAGGGACACUGCGAGCACCUGCUCGUCUUCUCCGACCUCAGGAUGCUCCACCCGGACGACAGCCAGAACCCACACGACUACCCGCUGCGGCUCAAGAGCUUUCCCUUUGGCAAGAGGGUGCUCUGCAUGCUUUGCCACACCACCAUCGCCAAGUGGGUGACUUACGGGAACGAGCGGGUAACGGACGACCCCUUCUUCUUCUGCGACGUCUGCUUCCACUCGUAUAACUACACGGCCGACAAUAAGAAGAUCGGACACUUCCGGGCCGAACCCUUCCUCGACUGGAACGCCGUGCUCUGAGCUCCCGUCCAACUGCAGCCCAAGCCUAUGCUCGUCAAGCGAGAGCCGAGCGGUUCCAGUAUACGCGUGUGGUACCUCGUAAUCGGUGCCGUACGAAUCCACCGAGCCAUGCGGGUUCUGCUAGCUAGGUGGCGCAAGCUUCUGCCCGAUUCGAAAGGCGUUGGUGGUUCGUAAGUCAAUAAAAAUACACACCGUCAGAUGUAUCUUUCAAGCCUUCCUACG